GACCGGGGGACACCGGGGGACACCGGGGGGACACCGGGGGUGCGAGGGGCCGGGCUUGGCCGCGCUCCACCGCCCCUACAGGCGGAGCCUGGGGCCGGCAGCACCGAGGAAGCGGAGGAUCGGGGGCCCCGGGUGGGGGGGUUCUCCCCGCAGCCCCCCAGCGCUGCCAUGAGCCGCAGCCGCCCGGCGCUGCUGGCCCUCGGGGCGCUGCUCGCCUGCGCCCUCGCCCUGCUGCUGCUGCCCGCCGCCCUCCGCCGCCCCCCCCCGGCUUUGCACCGCGCCCCCCCGGCCAACAGCAGCACGGUGCGGAGGGGGACGGCUGCUGGUACCGGCCCCGCCGUCGCCUACCGGGAGGCAACCGGGCUGCGCGCCCCCGGCCCCGGCAGGCUGGAUGUCCUGCUGCUGCACGGCCAAGCCUUCAGCUCCGCCACCUGGGAAGCUUUGGGGACGCUGGCGCUGCUCGCCGGAGAAGGGCACCGCGCGGUCGCCAUAGAUCUGCCCGGCUACGGGGACUCGCCCCCCACGGGGACGGUGGCCACGCAGCAGGGCCGGGUGGCCUUCCUGGAGCGCAUCCUGGAGGAGCUGGGCUUGGAGAGGCCCGUCCUCGUCAGCCCGUCCAUGAGCGGCCGCUUCGCCCUGCCCUUCCUCCUGCUGCACGGGGACCGCCUGGGGGGCUUCGUGCCCAUCGCGCCCGUGGGCACCCGGGACUACGCCGUGGGGCAGUACCAGCGGGUCCAGACGCCCACCCUGAUCCUGUACGGUGACCGUGACACCCACCUGGGCCCCCAGGCCCUGCAGAGCCUCCGGCACCUCCCCAGGCACCGCGUGGCCGUGCUGCCCGGCGCUGGCCAUGCCUGCUACCUGGACAAGCCGGGGGACUUCCACCGGGCGCUGCUGGGCUUCCUCGGCCAGCUGCAGUGAGCUCGGGCUCCGUCCCCACGCAGCGGAGGACGGCGGGGUGCUGGCACCCUGCUUUGUCACACAGCCGGGCCGUUCGCCCCCGUGCCAUAUUCGGUGGCAGCGUGCCCGGCCCUGAGGGGCAGCAAGGAGUUUGGGGGGGGCUUCUCCAAACAGCACCCACCCUGCAGCAGCACCUGCCCCAGGAUCCGGAGGUCCCACGUCGCUUUGCCAAAUUUUGAAAGACAGUUUUGCAGCCACGGGGCGUUCCCAGGGGGGUGCCCCUGACCUGGGCAUGUACCCCCCGGUGUCCCCCUCCCUGGCACCACGGCUCUGAGCACCGAGCUUUGGGGUGAUGGGGAUGGCACGGGACACAGCCGUUGCCUUUUGGGGGGUGAGAACAUCCCCUGGAGGGGGGCCCAGCACAUUUUGGGGUGGGGGGGCAACGCGUGAGGCCAAUAAACCGAUCUCCUCCGGGCUC